GCCCAUGAGGAGGCUGAUUAGGCAGUGCUUGUGGCAAAAGUUUCAGUCGUCUGAGCUCUGUGACCGUUGUACUUCUGUUCUGGUGUUAAACAUGAGACUCUCAGGGUUUUUUGCUGUGUUUUUACUCCUCUGCGCUGACCGGAGUAGCUCCGGGAUGUCUCAUCCUAAACCGUCCUGUCGUUACCCUCCUUCCCAGUGGUGUCGGUCCCUGGAGAUAGCAAUAGCCUGCAAGGUUCAGAAGCAGUGUAUGGAGGUGAACGCAACCAGACCAAACCAGUCUGUUCCUCCAGUAUCCGUCACUCUAUACUAUGAGAGUCUGUGUCCGGCCUGCAGAGUCUUCAUCACACAGCAGCUCUUCCCCACCUGGACCAUGCUGCAGGACAUCAUGACUGUCACCCUGGUGCCCUACGGGAAUGCAAAGGAGCUUCCGUCUGCAAACUCGCCCUUCAGUUGUCAGCACGGAGAGCCUGAGUGUAAAGGAAACAUGAUAGAGGCCUGCAUCAUCCAUUUAACUGGACACUCAGCAUUUCAGAUCAUCUACUGCAUGGAGUCAUCUGUAGAUGUAAUUAGUGCUGCGCAGCCUUGUGUUCAGCUGUACGCUCCCUCCGUCUCCUGGUCCAGCAUCGACUCGUGUGUUAAAGGAAGUCUGGGAAACCAGCUGAUGCACGCCAACGCUGCCAUGACCAGAGCUCUGAAUCCUGCGCACACGCACGUCCCCUGGGUCACUUUCAAUGGGGAAUACACUGAAGAGAACGAAGACAAGGCCAUGUCGUCACUUUUCCGUCUGGUCUGCCAGCUCUACAAGGGAGUGAAGCCUCCAGUGUGCACAGGAGCUUCAGUCAGACUGAAUAGGGGUUUCUGCUGAACACAAACAAAACUUUAAAAUAUUCACUCUACAAAUACUAACUUCCAUCACAAUCAAAUCUAACCAGUGUGUUGAAUUUUUCAGUAGUGAUAGCUGAUAAAGUGAACAUUAAACCUACCUUGAAUGUUUUAUGUACCUUUUGUCAUUUCAAAGUAAAAUAAAUGUUUUAUCUUGUGUCAA